AUGGAUACAGCAAACAUGGAAACUCGAGCUAGCACCUCCAUGAAGAAAGCCCUUUUGGGCCUCAACUGCAUAAUACUAGCCAUAGGCAACUGUGGCGGUCCUUUAAUCAUGCGUCUCUACUUCAUCCGAGGAGGCAAAAGAAUCUGGUUUUCAAGCUGGCUCCAAACCGUUGGCUGGCCAAUCAUUUUCAUCCCUCUCACAAUAGCAUACAUCCACCGCCGCACAACUGGCGGCUCCACCACCAAAACCCAGUUCUUUUCAAUGAAACCUCGCUUAUUUAUUUCCUCAACAGCUAUCGGAGUUUUGAUCGGGCUCGAUGACUACCUCACCGCCUACGGUGUUGCAAAACUACCAGUUUCGACCUCUUCUCUUAUUAUUUCUACCCAGCUUGCUUUCACUGCAGGAUUCGCGUUUCUUCUUGUUAAACAGAAGUUUACGGGGUAUUCGAUAAACGCUAUAGUUUUGUUGACUGUUGGGGCUGUAAUUUUGGGUCUUCAUACAAGCAGUGAUAGACCAGAGGGCGAAUCGAAUAAGGAGUAUCUUUUAGGGUUUUUCAUGAUACUUGUUGCAUCAGCUUUGUAUGGACUCAUUUUGCCUCUGGUGGAGCUUAUGUAUUCGAAGGCUAAACAGGCUAUUACCUAUACGUUAGUAUUGGAGAUACAGAUGGUUAUGUGUUUCUUUGCCACUGCCUUUUGUACACUUGGAAUGCUCAUCAACAAUGAUUUCCAGGCAAUCUCAAAGGAGGCUAAAGUGUAUAAACUUGGAGAAGGCAAAUACUAUUUGGUAUUGGUUUGGAAUGCAAUUGUUUGGCAGUGUUUCUUCUUGGGUUCAAUUGGAGUCAUUUUCUACUCUUCAUCUCUUUUAUCGGGCAUUGUCUUAACAUUUCUACUGCCUGUCACAGAAGUAUUAGCAGUAAUUUUCUAUCAUGAAAAGUUUCAAGCAGAAAAGGGAGUUUCUCUUUUCCUCUCACUUUGGGGUUUUAUUUCCUAUUUCUAUGGUGAGAUGAAACAUAGCACCAACAACAAGAAUGUUAAGCAUGAUUCAAGCCAAACUGAGUUGACUCCAACCGUUGUUCCUUGA